GUUUUCCUGGCGGCAGCAGGGGGAAGAUGGCGGCUGUGAACGGCCUGUCGGGUCCUGAAUUGCUGGAGGACGCGGCCUAUGCUCGGGCCUUACUCCGCGAGCUCAAAUCCUUCUAUGACGCCCGGUUGCUGGUGGAUGUGACCCUGGAGGUGGAGAGCGGUAGCCGCUUCCUGUGCAACCGCAAUGUCCUGGCUGCUGCCAGCCCUUACUUCAGGAGCAUGUUCACAGGAGGUCUGUUUGAGAGUAAACAGCAGCGAAUCACCAUCCAUGAGGUGGACUCAGACUCCAUGGCCUUGAUCAUUGAUUACUGCUAUACCGGCCGGGUCACCGUCUCUGAGGCCAGUGUCCAGAAACUCUAUGUUGCUGCCAAUAUGCUGCAGCUCGAGUAUGUUCGGCAGGCGUGCGCCGCCUUCAUGGCCCGGAGAUUGGAUCUGUACAACUGUACCGGCCUCUUCAAGUUUGCAGAUGCCUUCGACAAUGUGGAGCUAAAAGAGAAGGCGCUUGCUUUCAUCGCACGCAACUUGCAACAUUUGUGCAGAACAGAGGAAUUGUGCGAGCUUUCGCCUGAGCAAAUGAAAGAAAUCCUGAAGCUGGACACAUUGGAUGUUGACAGUGAGAGGAAGGUCUGCAUGGUUGCAAUUCAGUGGGUUAAAGCAAAUAUUGGUGAACGUGCUGCACACGCACUGGAUGUACUGAAGUGUGUCCGCUGGCAUCAUUUCAUCGAGAAGGACAGAAUGUACAUCGAUGCUCUUAAAUCUCAGCCCUUUGUCAAAAACAAGCCUCUUGGCUCUAUUGUAGAUGACCUUUUUGCAUCCCAUGGUGUUGAUGUGCCUGCAGCUCUUCAAAACACUACAAAGAGGAUCGGAUUUAGCGCUAAGGAAAUGGUUAUAUUCUUUGGCCAUCGAAAGGAACCUUUUCUCUGUUACGAUCCAUAUUCUGGCGACAUUUAUACAAUGGCUUCACCCUUGACUAGUCCUGCUCUUACCAAGUCCAUCAGUUCACUUGCUGUCUGUGUUUCACCAGACAAUGAUGUGUUCUUGGCAGCACAGCCAACCAAACAGCUUUGGGUCUAUAAUGCAGUUCAGAACAGCUGGCAACAACUUGCUGAGCGGCUGCUGGCAAGAGAGAGGAUGGAUAUUGCCUAUCUGAAUGGAUAUAUUUACAUUCUAGGCGGUCGAGAUCCAUCUACAGGCCUGAAAAUUAAGGAGGUUGAGUGUUACAGUAUUCAGAGAAACCAGUGGAUUUUUGUGACACCCCUGCCUCAUGCGUUGCAUUUAUUUGAGCUAAUUACAGUCGGAGAUUGCUUAUAUGCUGUUAAUAAUAAGAGGAUGCUGUGCUAUGUGCCAGAGAGGAAUCAGUGGCUGAACUGUGCCUCCUUAAAACGGAGUGAGUUCCAGGAAGCUUGUGUUUUCAACGAUGAAAUCUAUUGCAUUUGUGACAUUCCUGUCAUAAAGGUUUACAACCCUUCGAAGGGUGAGUGGCGAAGGAUUAAUGAUAUCCCGAUCGAUGGCAACAUCCAUAACUUUCAGAUUGUUUGCCAUGGGAACAAACUGCUUCUCAUAACCACCACAGUUCCACAAUGGAAGAAGAACAGGGUGACCGUUCAUCAGUAUGAUGUAAAUGGGGAUCAGUGGGUCAACAUUGGUACAAUGUUGGGAUUGCUGCACUAUGAUAGUGACUUCAUAUGCCUUUCAGCACGGCUGUAUCCUUCGUGCUUGGAGCCAGGCCAGAGUUUCAUUAGUGAGGAGGAUGAUGUCCGCAGCGAAUCGAGUGCAGACUGGGAUUUUGAAGGCUCGAGUGAUAUUGACUCUGAGUCAGGGAGCUCAAGUUCAUUUUCGGAUGAUGACUGGCAGCCACCAGAAGGACUGAGAGUUGAAAGAAUACAGCAAAAUGGCCACGUGGUCCCGCCAGACAACAGAGCACCUCAUAUCAAUGGCCAGAUUGGGAACUAACUGGCUCCAUUUUAAACGAUCGUUUAAUGAGACAAAUCAAAAAUCCUAAAAAUAACUAGUAUUUUUUUCUGAUUGUUGCAAAUAUGGUAGUUUUUGGACAAAUAACAGACAGUUAUAUUUUGCAGUACAUGUUAGUGUCUUUGGAGGAACUGAAAAAAUAAAAAUUGCAUUGAAAUUAUUUUUUUUCCCUUAUUGGCAGGUGUGCCAUGAAUUUGUUUUGCUUUCUGUUUGAUCCUUUUCCAAGUAGCCCACAUUUUUAUUUAAAGAAAUGAUUAAGGUAGUUUAAAUAGAUUGAGUUCCCCUUCGUAACAGUGGAGACCUGAGUGUUAGGUGUGCAGUAUAAUAGCAAAGAGACCUAUGUAUGAUACUUCAUGAAAUCUCAAAUCUUAUACAAUUAAAGCACUCGGAAGAUGUCUUGCAGUUUGGAUGCUGCUGAAUUCAUGAAUUGCUGGUAAUGUAAAUCAAAUGGCUGAGUUGAAGAGACACAGUGACAUUGGCUUCGUACAAGCCUACAGGAGGGACUGGCUCUAGUUUAUUGGCGGGGCGCCCUCUACUUUCAAGAGUAAGAAGGAACCCAGAGUUCUAUCCUGCCACCUUUUAAUGAGGUUAAAGUAACUUCAGUUCAUGGCACUGCAAAUUGCAAGUAAGCAGACUUAUUGGGUUAAGUAGUCAUGUUUCACAUUUCCUGAUAUAAUCCAAUUACACUCCAUGUGAAUUCUUCUAUAAAGCUGGCCGUUUAAAAACUUUGGUAAUGUUUGAGAAACUUAACAACUUGUUGAAAAUCUUUUGUGUAUUUUUAUAUAAACUUAUAAUCCAUUUUGUUUUGUUUCACUGCAAGUAACAAUGUAGAUGAUGACCAGUGAUAGUGCUGUUUCUCUUCAGCCUGACUGCAUAUAGUACAACAUCUAAAGUAAAGAUCUACGUCAGGAAAUAUGUGUAAAUGUAAAACUUUUGAGCACAGAACAAGGCUACUUGGUCUGUUGUGUCGCUGCUGGUUUUUUACAAGGGCAUUUCAGAAAUAAUCCCACUGCUCAUGCUGACUCCCAUAGCUCUACAUUGUCCUCUGCAAUAUUUAUCCUGAACAGAUGGAUCUGCCUCAACCUCUUUUAUAGUUUUCUUUUUUGUUAAGCAAAGGUAUUGAGGAUUGGAGCUCUUGUGGCACAGUGGGUAGCGUCCCUGCAUCUGAGCCAGAAUCCCCAGGCUCAAGUCCCACUCCAGGACUUGAUGGCCACAGAAGGUGUCUGCAUAAUGUGGCCAAGCAGGUUGAUUAUCAGCCUGUAAAUCCUUCUAAUACGCCUGAUGGCAGUUAGUAAGAGUGGGAGAGUUUCCUGGUCAGUCAUAUUGCAGAAGGCAAUAGCAAACCCCUCCAUUAUUUCGCCAGGUAUAAUCAUGGACCAAUCCAAUGGAAGUCCACGGUUGCCUGAAGGAGGAAGAGGAUUAGGAAAUGAAGGUGGGUGGAGAUGAGUUACAGAUCAGACCUGAUCUAGUGGAAUGACAGUAUUUGUCGGGGGUGAAUGGCUAAAUCCUGUUCCUUUCUAAAGCUUUUUAUGUGUAAUUAAAUUUCAGCUAACCUCUGACCAUUUUAAAAGUUAAUGAAACUGAUGGAUGCAGACUAGAAUAAAUGCCUGCAAUACAUCAGGUUAGAAGGAUCCAAAUUGGGAUGAGGAGUAGCUGGACACCUUUUAAAAUAAAAAUCCAAUCUGCAGUAUCUGUUUUAGAAUUAUCUCUCUUCUAUUAGCUCCCUGUGUGACAUCAUGCUGUCAGAGGCUGGUCGUUCAACACUUGGGCUUCUUCAGUCACUUUAUUCUGUGACAUUGAAAGAGCUUCGGAAAUUGUGUGUGCAAUUGAAACCUAUAGAUAUUAAAUGAUAUCUUCCCGUAUUUUUAAAAUCACUGAACUGGCUUUCUAAGUCCAUACUAUUGUUUUAAGAAAGAAAAUUGAAUUAUAUGGUCAUUUAAACAGUUGAAUUACUGUAUUGACCUGUUGAAUUCAAUGUCAUUCAUUGUACCUUGAGAUCCAAAGUUAGACAAAUGGAAUAUAUGGCAUUUCAAAUGGGACUUUUUAAAUGUUUUUAUUCCUUUUUUCAAAUUAAUGCUUAUAUAAGUAGCUUAGAACUACAGUAGACAAAAGGAAGCAUUGAAAUGAACUCUCAUCUGCCCCAACUUAAGCUUUUAAAUGGAAGUAUUGGACACUGGGUGGGUUUAAAGAAGUAUUUUCUAUUUAUUUACCUGAAAGUACAUACAAGCAGAAGAGUUAUAAUUUAUUCCAAGGGAUAACUUUCUGUGCACCUGAUCCUACCUGUCAGUGUUUUGUAUAAUUGGGUUUAAAAGAAAGUGUUUUGACUUUCAACUAUCAGUAAAUAAACUAAACUUAGUGAACUUAUUUAAAGCCCUUUUUCCUGAAAUAGGCCUCCCUCUCUCCAAGGUAUAAAAGAUAUUUUGUUUUGUUUACAAAACCCUCACUAACUCUCCCAGCUUUCAAAGGGUGGUUUCAUAGCUUGAGUGCAAAUAUGGAUCAAUAGAAAUCGGCAGCAAUACAGAACAUGUGGAUUGUUUAAAAUUCAGUUUAGGGAGCAAAUGCAAGGCAUGGCACAUCAUUUGGUAUUUUGUAAGGUGGCCUGUUAUGUGAUAGACAACUAGCCCAUAACCCAUGGACAAUUUUGCUUAUCUGUAAUAUCGCUACUUUUAAUAAAGACUAUCUUUUGUGCUUG